ACAUUCGCUAGAUCCACCCGUGUCACAUCUCUACGAGUAAGUGUCUUGAAUACGAUACGAACCGGCACGUAAUCGUGCCGCGGCCGACACGAUGCCGUUACCAAGAUUCAAGAAGUCUACAGACCUCAAACUGAUGCAGAUGGUCAAAGAAAAUCCAAUGUUGUACGACUCGGGACAUUCCGAUUACAUCAAUUGUGACGCAAGAGAAGUUAUAUGGCAACAAAUUGGUGACACACUCAACAAACCAGCCUCGAUCUGUAAAACAAGAUGGGCUAAUAUCCGAGAUAUGAUGCGCCGCAGCGUCCGCCUGAGACAUAAAACAGGCAAAAGGUACAAAUACAAAUAUGAGGAACAAGUCUCCUUCAUGAUACCGUUCUUCAAAGAAACCUCCUCAUCAAAAGAAUACUCUUAUUACUCGGAUGAAGAAUGCGAAAUGGAAAUGCCCUCAAACAUGACUGGUGUUUACGUUACAAACGAAAAUUUAGAAUUUGAAGAGACGAAACCUACAAAUAUGGCGGGAAGCUCCCGUCAAAAUGACAGCUCGCUUAAAAUGUUAAAUGAAAAUUUUCACGAGCUCUGCCCAACGGAUCCGAUAGAUGUUUUUCUGUUGACGAUCGGUUCCACUCUCAGGAAAUUCAGUCCUUACUUUUUGAAUCAGGCUAAAUCGAAGAUAUUUCAAGUGGUCCAGGAUUAUGAGCUGCAGCAGAUAGUCAAUAAAGACGGACAGCCCCCGGACUCGAGCGACAGGAGUUGAGAAUGUGACGGAAGGAAGUAACUCGGAUCAUGGGUUUGAGACUGUAGGAAUUAUCUUGGAGGUCAUUCCUAUGUACGUGAAGAGUUCACAGGUUCUCAAAGUCUGCAGACUUCUGGUAUUAAUGGGUACACUGUUGUAUUGAGGUUAAGGUUAUUUAAGCGGAAGGCAGCGGCUUGGCUCUGCCCCUGGCAUUGCUGACGUCCAUGAGCCUGCUUGGGCAACAAAAAAAAAAUAUCAGCCUGUACGUUGUGAUAAAAGUGAUUCGUUGCUGGUUUUGUAAAUUUAAUAGUUCCUUAAGUUUUUAUAGAUGAUAAAAACUAAAAUAAA